AUGUCCCUCUCCAGCAGCCUCCUACGGUCGCCGUCCCAUGUCCUGAGCUCCGGCUCCAGGGCCGCGGUACGGGCCUCGACCCUGCCGGCGCCGCCAUACUUCGCUUCCGCCGGCCCCACGAUAGCUUCCCACGCCUCACAUCCGUCACCAUCCACAGCCAAGUCGCUUGCGACUCUGCCGCCAGCGUCCUGUACAAGCUCUACGCUUGAACUUGCCCCGAUCUGGUUCGACUCGACACUGCCGCGCUUCGAGCUGCCCUCAGGCCUGAACCCGAAGGGACCAGACAACGAGCGGAAAAUCAAGCUAGGGAAGACUCUGCGCGUUCUCCAGAAACGCCUUCCUACGCUUCUUCAGUCGCCACUGCCCCAAGACAUAGUGUCGCAGAACAUAUCACUCCAUCUGUUCCCUUCGACACAUCCCUACCUGCCGACGGUAUCGGGGCGCAUCGCCUAUACUGCUGCGCUAUGGACGUCGCCCAUCGCCUGGAACCGAGUACCCAUCCUCGGUAACCUGAAGAUACAGGUUCUAUCCGAGCGCAUGACAACGGAACCACUACACUUCUCUCCCCAAAGGGCGGGGGCAUAUCCCGAACAGCUCGUCGUCAAAUGGAGGACAGCGGAAAAGUCGAGCGGCGAUUCCGAGCCGAGCUUGACCGAGCAAGGAGAGCAGAAGCUCGACAGCACGUUGCGCGGGACGCAGGGCAGCGGUUCCAAGAAGGAAUUCACGGGCUUGUUCAUAUUUGAGUUCGACAAGGACGGCAAGAUCAUCAGCCAUACCAUUGAGCACGUCGACCAGAGUGGUGCCUGGGAGAAGGGUGUCGGUGCCAAGGUCGUCCACCUUACAGAUUGGCUCCUCGGCGAGAUCAGGGGGAGACAGCCACAGGGCGCGUGUCCCAUGUUCCACGCCACGGAAGAUGGCAGGAAGGAUCCCAGGUCGUGA